UGUAUACAUACGACAAAAUGUUAAUUAUAUAUAAUGUAAUUCAGGAGUUUUUAAUUCUUUGUUAUUUCCUUUGAGUCUUCUUUUCUUUUUCUUUUUGUUUUCUCAUUCCUUUAUCUAGACACUCACUUGUUUUUUUCUUUUUUGUUAUAUACUACAUGUUGUUCUUAAACAAUAAUUUCUUAAUUGCAACAGCAGUUGCUAUUCUUUAUACUAACAGCUAUGUUAUUGCUCAAUCUACUGCUACUGCUUCAGUAACUCAGUCUGCAGUGGCUCCUAUAUCUUCAACAACAGAAACUAAUACUAUCCCUAACACUAAAAUUACUUGGAAGAAUAAUUAUCCUUCAGGCAUAGCAAAGCCUAUUCCUAAGCCCGAGUGGGUAGCUUUGGUCAAAGAUGAUCCCGCACUAAAAAUUAAGCCUAAUAUUCUUACAGCUGACGGUAUUAUUCAAAAUGCUGAUCCUACUGGAAAUAAUACACACUGUAAUUGGACUUGGGACGGUUGUGUUAAACCUACAGAUAUUGUUCAUUGUAAAGAAACGAAUGUUUGGGGCACUAGUUUUGAUGAUGGGCCAUAUGAAAUUACUAGAGAACUUUUAGCUUUUCUUAAAUCUAUCGACCGUAAAGUUACAUUCUUUGUUGUUGGUAAGCAAGUUAUUUCGAUGCCCGAAGUCCUCAAGGAAGCAUAUGAUCAAGGCCAUGAAAUUGGUAUUCAUACUUGGGAUCAUGCUGAAUUAACUACUCUUUCUAACGAUAUGAUCAUUGGUGAAUUAAAGUGGACAGAAUUAGCUAUUAAAGAAGUCCUUGGUGUUACUCCUCGUUUAAUGCGUCCACCCCGAGGCGAUAUUGAUGAUCGUGUCCGUUAUAUCGUUAAUCAAUUGGGUUAUACACCUGCAAUGUGGUCUGUCGACUCGCAAGAUUGGAGAAUUACUGCAGGUGGACAAACAGAAGCAGGCCUCUUAGGCAAUGUUACGCAAUGGAUUAACAGUCUUCCUACUCUAAAACAAGGUGGAAACUCAUUAAUGCAUGAUUUGACUAACAUUACUGUCAAUGCCAAUAUCAAAGGCUUAGCUCUUUUGCAUCCUCACGUCACACUUGUUCCUGUCGGUCAAUGUGCAGGCUGGAAUAAUGCUUCUUAUGCUGAAACUCUUUCUGCUGUUCCAAAUACGACUACUCAUAUGUCUACUACUCAAAAGAGCCUUACAGCAACUGCUACAAAGGCAACAGAUACUAUCAUUGUUCCUACUUCUUCUAAUAAGGAUGCUAACACAAGUAACGCUUUUAAUUUAGUUUAUAAUCCUCAUUUUUUUUACACUCUUCUUUGUUUAUUAUUCAUUGCCUUUUAUGUUUAAAUCUGGAAAAUAUCUCGUACGCAUACACGCAACUACCUGUUUUUUAUAACUCAUUAAAAAUCAAUGUUAUUUAUAUAUUUUGUAUAUUGUCUAUAAUUCUAAAGGAAAAAAAAAA